GACUUGGGCGUUUCCAAUACAUAGAGCAAUAAAUAGAUGUCUUUAUCUUUGAUAAUUACAGAACCAGGGAACACUUUUUCUUUCUUCUCUUCUUCUCUUUCAAAAAACAUACUAACAAAGAUCCCUCAAGCAACAAAGCACAUAUAGAAAGAGAGAAAGAGAGAAAGAGAGAGAGAUAGAGUAGAGAUGGGUAGGGCUCCAUGUUGUGACAAGGCAAAUGUGAAGAGAGGUCCAUGGUCUCCUGAAGAAGAUGCAAAGCUUAAAGACUACAUAGAGAAACAAGGCACUGGUGGCAACUGGAUUGCUCUCCCUCACAAAGCUGGUUUAAGGAGAUGUGGAAAGAGUUGCAGAUUGAGAUGGUUGAACUACUUGAGACCAAACAUAAGACAUGGAGAUUUCACUGAGGAAGAAGACAAUAUUAUCUACAGCCUCUUCGCCUCCAUCGGAAGCAGGUGGUCAGUAAUAGCAGCUCACUUGCAUGGUAGGACUGAUAAUGACAUCAAGAACUAUUGGAACACUAAGCUCAAGAAGAAGCUCAUUGCUACCAUGGCUCCUCCUCCGCAUCACCACUUAGCCAUUGGUACAUCAAUAUCACCACCACCAUCGUCAUCAUCACAUUACAACAUGAUCAAUAGUCUUCAUCCGUAUAAUCCAUCAAUAUCAACAAACCAACCUCUCACACCUCAUCAGGGGAUGAUGAUGACAAUGAUGGGCCAACAACAACAACUAUUAUAUCAAGAAGACAUGGGUAGUUUGGUAAAUUCUCCGAACAGAAACAAGCUCAUAAUGAGCCAUCAAGAAGACAGCCAUGAGCAAAGUACAAACAAGGGAAUAAUGUUGUUGAGUGAUGUAAGAAGUGGGUCGAGUAAAACAAGUACAGUAACAAGAGUGAAGAUGGAACAUCGUGAUCAUCAUCAUCAUCAUCAUGAAGAGGAUGAGAGAUCAAUGAGCUCGGUGGUUAUUGAAGAUUAUGGAAUGGAAGAGAUCAAGCAAUUAAUAGGUAGUAGUUGUACUAGUAGUAGCAAUAGCUUGUGGUUUGAUGAAAACAAGACUGAGGAUAAGUUCAUGUUGUACUAUUGAUGAUCUCUCUCUUACCAACUUUGAUUCAACCUCCAUAAUCUCUCUCCCUCUCUCUCUCUCUCUCUCAAAACUAAAAAUGAAUAAUUAAAACUUGUUUAUUAAGAUGGGUUUAAA